AUGUAUACGAAUGGGAAAGCAGUGCUCCGAACUGAAAAGGGUGGUAAUCAGAUACAUUGUCUGCAUGGAAUGCGGGUGAUGAGUAUGUUCUGGAUUAUAUUGGGACAUACCUAUUAUUAUAUUGUGGCGAGUUUAACUGUGGAUAAUUUGCUACCGACCCUGAUUGCGUUUCCACAGAAGUUUUUGAAUUUGAUUAUUGUGCAGGCGCCAUUGGCCGUAGACUCAUUCUUUUACCUG